CACUCGUGGGGGGAGGAGAAGAGAAGGGGAAACUCCCUGGGGGAAGAGGGCCCCUCAUGGGCAGGGGGGACCUGUUGGCGGUCUCUCCCCUUGGGGCCGGUCUGCACCUCUCAACCUGCCUGAACAGCCUGAAGGUGGGGCCCGAGCCCCUGGGAGAGGGAUUCAUGCAGGAGGGCUAAAGUGCUGUGGAGUCCCAGCCCCAUCACUCACCCUCGCUUGGCAGAUCUUCAGUUCUGAUGUAAAUAACUGUCGAGCGUAGAAGUUGGGGGCUGCCCUGGCUGUGCAGAGAACGUGACAGUACCCGAUGAGUUAAACUGUGACAGAGGAAACCAGACUUCUCCUUCUGGGGCAUGACUGCGACUACAUCUGAAAGAUCAAAAUUAAAGAAGCUUCACACUCAGAGAUGAUUAUGGAAGAAAAUUAUGCCACAAAGAGAGGGCUUAUUGGAAUUGUUGUGUUACCUCCCAGCCCACUGCCUCCUUGUUUUCCACAUCUUCCAGCCUCCCAGACUUGGAUGAAAUGGACACUUUCUGCUUCUCAGGAUUUUGCUCCACUGAAAAAAAGUUGUAAACAGCAGCAUCCAGGUACAGAAUUGAGUGAGAUUCCUGCAGAGCUCCUGAAAUGCCAUGGAAGGGAAAAAGAGAGCGAGAAGGAGAAACAACAAAUAAUUGGUGGAUGUAAUCAGACCUGCUCUGCAGUGACAUCUGCUUUUCCAUUGCCACCCAUGCUCUGCUCCCUAGAUCAGAGCUGCCCUGCACUUUUCAGUAGCUCCAACAUUUGGAUUGCAGGCUGUAGUAGGUUCUGCCUCUGCUGGCUUCUUUCAUUCACCUGCAGUCUUGGAAUGAAGCUGUUUCCUGAACAAUGGUCUGCGGAGGGUGUAAGGCAGAGUGACUUCCCGGAGCAGGAAAUGCCAGCGACUGUGAUGCCGGGAAGUCCGGUCCAGCUGAACAGUGUCACCCUGGAGUCUGAACACCCGCAGUCCGUGAGCCAGCCCCAACCUGCCUUCCAGAUCCAGCCCGUGACCCCGGACCCUGCCCCCAGCCAGUGCAGGGAGACAUGGGGUGGGAAGUAUGAGUUCCUGCUCUCCUGCAUCGGGUAUUGCGUGGGGCUGGGCAACGUCUGGCGCUUCCCCUAUCUCUGCUACCGCAAUGGAGGAGGGGUCUUCCUGAUCCCCUACUUCAUCAUGCUGCUCUUCACCGGCCUGCCUCUGUUCCUGCUGGAGCUCAGCCUUGGCCAGUAUGGAGCUGCAGGGCCCAUCACCGUCUGGAAGUGCUGCCCCCUGCUGAAAGGGAUCGGCGUGGGCAUGCUGCUCGUCUCCUCGCUGGUGUCACUCUAUUAUAAUGUCAUCAUCGCCUGGACUUUCUACUACCUGGGCAUGUCCUUCCAGAGCCCCCUGCCCUGGUCUUGCAAUGCUCCGCAGAACGCCCCUCUCUGCCAGAACGCAUCAGGAAACGCCAGUCGGUUCAGUGCCAGCGAGGCCUUCUGGAACGAGCAGGUGCUGGGGGUCACGCACAGCUCUGGCCUCCACGACCCGGGCCCGGUGAGGUGGCCGCUCGCCAUAUGCUUGUUGGUCGCCUGGAUCGUCAUCUUCCUCUGCAUGUUAAAGGGAAUCCGCAGCUCGGGCAAGGUGGUGUAUUUCACAGCGACGUUCCCAUACCUGGUCCUCACCGUGCUCAUCAUCCGAGGAGCUACGCUGGAGGGAUCCAUUGAGGGCGUCCGCUUCUACCUCUCCUCGGACUGGAGCAGGCUACAGAGCGCUCAGGUGUGGAACGAUGCUGCCUCACAGAUCUUCUACUCGCUGGGCAUUGGCUUUGGGGGGCUUCUCUCCAUGGCCUCCUACAACAAGUUUGACAACAACGUGAUCAGGGACACCCUGGUUAUUGCCAUCGGGAACUGUUGCACCAGCUUCUUCGCUGGGUUCGCCAUCUUCUCCAUCCUGGGCCAUAUGGCGUGGAGGAAGAGAGUGCCGGUGGGGGAGGUGGCCGAUUCAGGUCCUGGGCUUGCCUUCGUGGCCUACCCAGAAGCCCUUGCUCUGCUGCCUGCCUCUGCCUUCUGGUCGGUCCUGUUCUUCCUGAUGAUGUUCACGCUGGGAGUAGACACCCUGUUCGGGAACAUGGAGGGCAUCACCACGGCUGUGCUGGACGAGUUCCCAGCCCUGCGUGAGUGGAGACGGAAGACUCUCUUCCUGGGUGCACUGUGCUUCAUCUUCUACCUGCUGGGCCUGCUGCUCAUCACCGAGGGUGGCAUUUACUGGUUCACCCUCAUCGACGCCUACAGCACCAGCUUCGGCCUCAUCAUCAUCACCCUCUUCAUGUGCAUUGGCAUUGCCUUCUUCUAUGGAGUGAACCAGUUCUGCCGGGACAUCGUUGACAUGAUCUGCCGGUGCCCGCCCUGGUGCAGCAAGCUGGUGCUCUACUUCAAGGCAUGCUGGGUAUUCAUCACGCCGUGCCUGCUGCUGUUCAUCCUCAUCUACAUCUUCCUGGAGAUGUACAACACGUCCCUGCACUACGGUGCCUACGCCUACCCACGCUGGGGCAAGGCCCUGGGCGUGUGCAUGGGCACCGUGACCUGCAUCCAGAUCCCGCUCUGGGCGCUCAUGGCCAUCUGCAGGGAGUCAGGGACGCUGACGGACCGGUUCCGGAAAGCCAUCCACCCUCUGAAUUCCUGGCGCACGGCGCCCACCCACGCCGAGGUCAUCGACGUCCCCUACACCAUCAACCUGGUGGACAGCGACUUCGCUAGCCCGCCCCAGGGGAGCAGCGAGGCCUGAGGGGCCAGGGCCGGGCAGCAGAAUGGGGGCUCCAGGCAGGUCGCUGCCCUCGCCGCUCCGGGCAGCUGCUCUUGGCUCCAUUGUGGCAGCCUCCCAGGCAGAGGCCGCGGGCCGGUGCUCCUGGAUCCUGUUGGAGGCUGCAGGUGGUUCCUCACCUGCAGGAGACGAUGCUGGGCUGGAAUCUGCUGCUCUCCAGCCGCAGCGGUGCCAGCGGGGGGGCAGGGCGGGGCCAGGACUCUGCUCAGGGCUGUGGCCCACCAGCCGCCGGGCACUUUGCAAGAGGGGCCUGGCCUCUGAACCUUCUUAAAAUCAUAGGGAAAGGAUUGUACUUGAGAAUCGAUUGCAUGUGCCCCCUGGCGCAGCUGGGCACACGGCUGGGUGGGUGCGCAGGCACCUCCCAGGCAUGGACAGAGGUGCGCAGAUGGGGCCGCUCCGAGGUGUGGAAGUGUGCAGACAGCGGCAUGCCCUGCGGCACAGACGAAGUAUGUGGACAGGGGGGCGCUCCAGGGCGUGGACAGAGAGGGGCACGCACAGAGAGGUGCCCUGGGGCACACACAGAGAGGGGCACGCACAGAGAGGUGCCCCAGGGCAUGGACAGAGCUGUGUGCUCCUUGCCCAGCUGCACCCUCGGCGGGAAGUGAUUCCCCAGCACUGAAGCAAGGCUGGGCUGCUGCUGUCCUAGCACUAGUGUCUGUGCAGGGGGCUGGCCGGGCUCCUGGGGGCUGCACCUGGGGGGGAGAGUUGUGGUGGGGGCUCCUCUGGCUCUGUGCCUGCCAAUCCGAGGUCUAGGCCCUGGGUUCCCCUCCUCUGUCUUGGGCACUAAGGCCAACUGCUCCAUUAGCCAACCCAGCCAUGGCUCGAAUCAGCUCCUGCCAGGGUCUCGCCAGGGGGCGGCCGGCAGGGUCACAGCCCAAGCCUGCCCCAGGGGUGAGGACUUGGGGCCAGCGGGUUGGUGGUGGCACGAGGUUCAUGGUGCACAGCUGGGAAGCACCUUGCUCUACAGGAACUGCCCACGUGUGGGAGGCGGCAGCUGCUGUGGGCAGGGCUGGCAGAGGUGAGGAUUUGUCCCGGCAGCGAGAUGCAGGGGGAGGGGGUCUCUCCACAGGCCGGCCCUGCCAAGGGGCUGGGUUUUGGGGGCCCCAGCUCGCCGGCCGCUGGGAUUUCUCUGCGGCAGAAAUAAAG